AUGCUGCCCCCGGUCAAGCUCACCAACUUCCCGCGCAGCGACCUGCCUCGGCGCAACGCGGACCGGGGUGUCCAUAUUUACCCCUUCCACGACCCGAAGCUCAAAGGGAAGUACGGUCAAUUGCCGCUGCCGACGGUCGCGAACGCCUCGCCCGGGGAGAUAUUGCACCCCGCCCUCAAGCCCAAGAAGACUUGGUUUGACGUCAAAGUCACCAACUUCAACUCCGGAUCUGGAAGGGGCACGAUGCAGCGAUGGCCGUUUGGCAAAACGACCGUCGAGCAGACAAAGGGUCGCAUGCCGUCGGGCCAGGGCACCGUCUACAUGGACGAUCUUGGCGGUGUCCAGGAGGUCCUUGAGGAGGCCAACGUCCCCAUCAAGACGGACGUCGCCAACGCCAACAAGGACGACGCGCCCCCGAAGAAGGCCAACACCAAGAAGCCCGACGUCGCCAAGAAGCCCGACCCGUUCCCGACGGUUCUUGCCCCCGAGAUCACGGGCACCCGGACCAGGACGUACAAGCUCGAGCCGUCUGCAAAGCUGAAAAAGGUUCUCAGCGACUGGCACGAGUGCGUCGUCAUCACCAAGAACGAGGCGAUCCGACGGGUCAAUCUUGUUCAAGACUACAAGGCCUUGUCGGACUUCCAGCUCAAGAGGGACUUGGUCAACAACACAAGCGACUUUGUCCGGGAGCAGGAUCGAGACCUCAAGCACUCGAUGACAAACUGUCCGGUGCAGCCACGUCGUCAAGCUAUCGUGGAGGCUGUUGCAGCUCGCAAGUCUCUCCUCACUCGGGCAGGAAAGACGGACAAGCUGUUCGACAUUAAGCCUGUCGAGACGUCCACAGGCUUUGAGCUUGCUUUUGCGAAGACUUGCGGCUCCAUUGCCUUUGUCACGAACGGCAACAAGCGUCCCAAGGUCAGCAAGAAUGGCAGCAAGCGUCGGAAGGACGGCAAAGACUCUUCACGGGGCGGGGUGGUGGACCCCGAUAGAUUUGCCAAUCCUUGGCUUGUCAUGACCCCAAUGAAGCUCAAAGAAGUGAAGGUCAGUCCCUACGUCGAGAUGCGCGUCAGAGGCAACAAGAAUCGUCAAGAGCUCUACGAUUUGCUGAAAGGCGACAAGGGGCAGGACAACGGCGACGGUGGCGACAAGAAGGACGACGAGGACAGUGACGACAAGGACGAGGACAAGGCUGUCGACUCUGCGUCCCCAGCAAACGAGCUGGAGGAGCGCCUUCAACUGCCGCGGGAGUGGCGCAUCGUUCGCAAUAGCCAGGGCUACUGGCUCACGAUUGCGUUCAAGGUCGACAAGACGCAGCCCAAGGUCAAGACCGUUUUCCAAAGCGAAAUGGCCGUCACUGGCAUCGAUCCAGGUGCUCGCACGAUGCUCACUGCUUUCGAGUCCGUUGGCAGAACCGUCGAGAUUGGCAGCAAGGAGGAUGCUGCUCGACUGGCUGCGAUGCGGGUCAAAGCCGACAAGCUCAAGGGUCGUCGCAUGGAAAAGGUGGGCGACCGUCCAGACAACAAGAAGGACGACGACCAGGACAAGUCGAUCAGCGACAAGGACGACUCGCAGGACGCCAAGGACAUGUCGGUCGACAAAAAGGGCAAGGGCAAGGCGCGUGACGACGAGGACAAGCCGGUCGACACUGUCGCCUCGACACCUGGCGAAGACGACAGCGAGGGUGACAAGCGCCCAUUUGUGCUGCCUGCCAAGCAGCGACGUCGCCUGCUCAAAGUCGAGAAGCGCAUCCUCGCACACCAUCGCAAUCUCGUCACGGAUCUGCACCGUCGGGCUGCCAACUACUUUGCCACGACGGCAAACGUGGUGGUGAUGCCUCGUAUGGAGACGCGAGGUAUGAUUCGAGGUCGGCGUCUCAACAAGAAGGUCAAACGGACGCUGAUGGCCUACCGUCACUGCGAGUUUGCGGACCGCCUCUACAUCAAGGCCCACGACGUGCAGCACGACAAGCGGUACAACAAGCAUCAAUCGAUGUUGCUUGCGCAGCCCGAGGCCUAUACCUCGAAGACGUGCGCCAAAUGUGGCCAUCUCAACGACAAGCUGGGAGCCAAGGAGGUGUUCGAGUGUUCCCAGCCCGACUGCGACUACGUUGCUGGCCGAGAUCACAACGGAGCCGUCAACAUGAUUCUCAGGGCGAUUCGUUGA